AUGGUUACACAGAUUAAUAUAAAGUUUUUAGAUAAAAACCUUUUAGGAUCUACUAGUAUCUUGGCCAAUUCUGGAAUUACAAAUAACACAGAAUUAGUAAUUUUUGAAAUCAAUAAAGAGACAGAAUUAUCUGUAGAAAUAGAACCAAAUGAUGAGUCAAGCCUCCAACUUUCAGCAUGCACUUCUUACAUGUCAUGGGAUUUGGCUGAAGCAUGUCUUAAUAGUCAUGCUAAAGCUAUGGUGGAGGAGCAUAAUCAUCAAAUGCAAUUGGAUGUUAUAUUGUUUGCUCCAAAGUAUAGAAAACUAUCCUCGGAAAUCUUGAAAGCAGUAGAAUUUUAUGUUACAAAGGAGAAAAUAGGUGCUAUAUACAACAUAGAAAAUAAGCAAUUGGUUAACAAAAAGGUCAGAUAUGCUAACAGAUUUGAUAAAAUAAAAAAGGCACUUAACAUUGCCUUGGACCUUGGGUGUGAAGAAGAAUUGAUUGACAUGAUUACUCGUUUUAUUGACCAAAAGAAAUCUAUGCUUGAAAGCACUAGUGACAAAAAUAUUCAUCUUGAUCAAUCUGAACAAAUAAUUGUUAUAGAUCCUUUUGUUACAAAACAUCAUAGAUGGCCAUCAACAAGAAGGUUAAAAGGUUCUUCUAAAAUUCAAGGUUGUAAAGAACCAGCUCAUAAUAAUCAUGCAAUUAAUCUACCAGAUCCUAAUUUGAGAAUACCUUUAUCAAAUGCUAGUUCAAAUAAUAGUAGCUAUAUUGUAAAAGAAU